GAGCCAUUGAGCAUUGAACACAUUAAUCAGUUUGUUUCUUGGACUAGCGGGAGCACGCACUUUUUCCAAAUUCCUUGGCGUGCAAGAUGGGAAGGGUUAUUAGAAGUCAGCGUAAAGGUGCUGGGGGCGUAUUCAAAGCACACACAAAGCAUCGCAAAGGAGCUGCCAGAUUGCGGCCAGUUGACUUCGCCGAACGUCAUGGAUAUAUAAGAGGUGUCGUCAGGGAAAUAAUUCACGAUCCGGGUAGAGGAGCUCCACUAGCCAGAGUUACUUUUAGGGAUGUUUACUCCUACAAACUGAUCAAACAAACAUUCAUUGCUGCGGAAGGCUUACACACCGGUCAGUUUGUGUAUUGUGGUAAGAAGGCCAAACUUCAGAUAGGUAAUAUUCUCCCAAUUGGUGCCAUGCCUGAAGGUACAGUUGUCUGCAAUCUUGAAGAGAAAUGUGGUGAUCGUGGAAGACUUGCUCGUGCAAGUGGUAACUACGCCACAGUUGUUGCUCAUAAUCCUGAUACGAAGCGAACCAGGGUUAAACUUCCAUCAGGAGCAAAGAAAGUUUUGCCUUCUGCAUGUCGUGCAAUGGUUGGUCUCGUUGCUGGCGGUGGCCGAGUAGAUAAACCGAUCUUGAAGGCUGGUCGUGCUUAUCAUAAGUACAAAGCUAAAAGGCAUUGUUGGCCUGUAGUUCGGGGUGUUGCCAUGAACAGGAUAAGGUCAUACCAACAACUAUAUUGCUUGCUACGGAUAAUUCCUCAGCUCUUGCAAAUUAGAUAAGACAAUCAAGCGAACUAUUAUAUGUUUAUGUGCAUUUAGUUUGUCUACCUUCCGGAAUUUUGAUUUGAUAUUGUCUGCUGAGUUGUUUGGCUUGUCCCAGCUUUUCACAACCUGGUAUCCGUUAGGGAAUAAACAAAUAUUGCUAAAGGUAAACCAACUAUGCCAAUUAGAUCUUUGUGUUAACGCUAGAUGAGUCAUACCUUGUCCAACCACAUUGUAACUUCAGUUUGAGAUAAGUUGUUUUUUUCUCCCUAAGAUGACCAACAAUAUCUCGGAGAAUUGUGAACUGGUAUACUUCGAGGCUCUUUUUGUUUGAAAUCCUGAAUUAGGACGUACAACUGUUAGUUCUGGGUGGAUACUGAGGGACGUAGCAUAAUGAUAGGUUUCAGAUGAAGCAUAGUGGGAUUUGUAUCAAUACACUAUUAAUACUCAUGAAUUUUGAUAAGAGAACAAACUGUGUUCAAGUGAAUUAGCGUUUAUUCGUUUUUAAGUCCGGAGCGGAGGAAUGUUGGAGCUGACAGUGUAUUCCACGGGUUAAGAUAAUAAGAUUAUUUCCUUAAUGUCCCUAUAUUUUCGUUUAUAUCUUCGAUGUGCUUGUCUGCUUCUCAAUGCAGAAAAACUUAUCUCACCUACUGGACACUUAUUUUUUAACAGCCCGUUGAGCAUCCUCAUGGUGGUGGUAAUCAUCAACACAUUGGUAAACCAUCAACUAUCCGGCGUGAUGCAUCACAUGGUCGUAAAGUUGGUCUCAUUGCAGCCAGAAGAACUGGACGAAUUCGCGGUACUCGUGUAAUUACCACAAAAUCUGACAAGGAAUAAAUACUAAAUAAAUUUCGUCUUAUGGA